AUGUCCUACUCAUAUACGGUGACGGAGCGCAAACGAAAAACAACCACCUCUGGCGGGUAUGGAUACUCAGGCAGCAGGUCGACAUUUGGGUAUUGGGUGCCCCUUGUUCUCACUGUUACGGCAGCAACGAUUGGUGUUGCUGCAUGGGUCUGGGGUGAGAGGAAAGAUGAUGAGGAAUCAAGUGAAGACGAACAAUACCAGGGAGGUCCUCCUCCUCCAGGCUAUGCAUCGAUGAGUGGCGCUCUACCUCCUGGACCGCCAAUGGCGGCUGGCUUCCAAGGAGGACCACCUCCUCCAGGUGGUGCUCCCAUGCCUAUGACACCUGGACCACAACAGCCAGGGGGGUUCGGCCCACCUCCUCCACCCGGUGGUUUCCAAGGGCCUCCACCACCGGGCGGUUUUCAGGGUCCUCCUCCUCCCGGAGGGUUUCAAGGCGGCCCUCCUCCUCCAGGAUGGCGUGGAACAGAAGAGGAGUACCAAACCCGCUCAACUAUGGUAGAAGAGCAACAAGAGACUGGUAUAGUCGCUCGCAUGUCCAGCGCACUGGGUUUCGGUCGAUCAACUACUCCCUCAGGCGACCGAUCGCGCAGCCAGGCUCCCGCGCAACCGUAUGACUGGGCCAACAAGCCAUUUGCUUCGGCAACGGCAGCGGCGGGUGCGAUGGUGGGUGCUGCCAUAAGCACCCUCAGUGGCGGAGGUGGCGAAGGAUAUGAAGACCAUGAACGAUGGAGUGAGGAGGCAGAACAGCGAGACAAUGACCGCCAGGUCACACAAGGCAUCAAGAGGCGCGGCACAGCUGACGAGUUCUUCUCCGGGAGCAUAGAGCUGCCCAGGUCGGCCUCUAUUGCCCACCAGAAAAGAAAGACGGUUGCUGUGGUAGUAUCAGCCGUUGGAGUGGACCCGGACACCGAGUCAGAUAUCGGACAACAUGCGUCGAUCCUUUCGCAUCUUCCGGAAUACAUCGAACCGGGGACAACACGAGUCUUUGUCCUGAUCUACGCACCGGAGCUCAAAACGCAUCCACUCAGCCUUGCAACAAAUCGACCCUCACAGUCUAUGGCAUCUUCAUUCUCCAACAUUAGUCAUGCAGAUGCACAAACUCCUGCCCAGACGCCCGGGGACUUCCCCAACGAUGGCAUACUUACACAAGUAGACCCGAAUCCGAUCGACGAGCCAACUUCCCUCUUCAAGACUCUGUACAAUCAAGCCGUGGGCAUUGUGGACAAAGAUACUAUGGUGCUGCCCUACACCUCACCUAAUGGCCACAAGCAUAUCCUUCGCAGCCUCUCGCCAGAGGUCGUGUAUAUCCAAGAGUCCCUUUGCGGUCGUGAUGGCGAGAUUGUCUCAGAUCUUUCUGGCUGGGUAAAGCAGACUGUCAUUGUGAUUGGUGAUGAAGGUGGCCAUGGUGGAUUGAUCGAUACAGACGACGAAUCCGUGACUCACAGGACGACCGAAAAGUGGUGGCAGAAAGAAGAGAGGACAGGACUGGGGAAGAGAGUAGCAGUCGUGGAGAGUUUGAAGAUUGGGGAGGACUGGGACAGACGGAUCAACGAAAAAGAUUGA